GACUACAGAAACAAACAACUACUUCUACUACACACACACUCUCUCUCUCUCUUACUCUCUAAUUCUCUCUCCAUGUUAUGUUAAAUAAUAAAUCUUUUUUCUUGAAACCAGAAGAGGGUAUUUCUUUAUUAGCUUAACUUCUUGACCUUGGCUUGUAUAUUAUCUGUGCUCCAUCUUCCAUAGUUUCUUUCUUCUUACAUACACGUCCGCACUCCUUUUCUUUUUCUUUUUCCAUUUCUCCCUCUUCCUUCUUCUGUUUAACUUUUUCUUUCUUUUAAGCCCAACUUUUGAAGAUUCAAAUACAUACAUAUAUGUAUAUGUGUUGAUAGUGUACUUGAAGAGUUACUGUUUAAGCAAGUUGUUUGGGUUAGCGGCAGAGAUGAUGAGUGCUUCGAAGUUUAUCAAAUGUGUCACGGUUGGAGAUGGAGCUGUUGGCAAGACCUGUAUGCUCAUUUGUUACACCAGCAACAAGUUUCCCACUGAUUAUAUACCCACCGUAUUCGACAAUUUUAGUGCCAAUGUAGCUGUGGAUGGGAGCAUUGUCAACUUGGGACUAUGGGACACUGCAGGUCAAGAAGACUAUAGCAGGUUGAGGCCACUGAGCUACAGAGGUGCAGAUGUAUUUGUACUGGCUUUCUCAUUGAUUAGCAGAGCAAGCUAUGAGAAUGUACUUAAAAAGUGGAUGCCUGAACUUCGACGAUUUGCACCAAAUGUUCCAAUUGUUCUUGUUGGAACAAAACUAGAUCUUCGUGAUGACAGGGGUUAUCUAGCUGAUCAUAUGGGAUCUAACGCCAUAACAUCUGCUCAGGGAGAGGAGCUGAGGAAGCAAAUUGGUGCUGCAGCUUAUAUUGAGUGCAGUUCUAAGACUCAACAGAAUGUCAAAGCUGUUUUUGAUACUGCUAUUAAGGUUGUUCUUCAACCUCAAAGAAGGAAGGAGAUGGUUCGGAAGAAAAGGCAUCGACGGUCUAGUUGCUCGAUUGCGAGCCUAGUAUGUGGAGGCUGCGAGGCUUAGGACAGAUUAAAGCCAGAUUAGAUGACUUUCACUCACUUUUGGAAUGGAAUAUUGGUUUGUAGUUUUUGGGGGGUGUUGAACAAGGAAGGGCUGAUUAUUACUGAUAGCUAAUGAUGUUCUUUUGAGUGUAUUAUAAUAGUUUAGACACAGUUUACACCAGAAGGUAAUGAAGGGAAUUGUUCAUUCUCUUAUCGAAUAUACUGUCACUGGGUAAAUCAUGUCUCAACAUAUAUGUUUUCAUUCUCUCCUCU